ACUAAACCAAGUCCAUUCUAGUUGCCAAUUUGAUACCCAAAAGAACUAGAAAAUAGAGAAAUAAUCAAAGAGUGUAUUGCAAAAUCAUGGCAAAGAGCAAAGAUGAUAUUAGUUAUGGGACAGCUCAAGCAAGACUAACUGAAGAUGAUGCUCUUAGAAUAAGGUACAAAGCAGGUACUCCUCUUGAAGGAGGAAAAAUUGCUGAUUCUCAACCCGUGGACCUUUUUUCAAGUGCUCGUAAUAUUGGGGAUCAACAAGGAAAAAUUGCUGAAUCUCAACCUGUUGACCUCUCUUCUAGUGCUCGUAAUAUUGCAGCAGCAAAACAACCCCAACAAGAAGAAAAAACUCGAGAUUCUUCUAAUCAAGGAAAGAAUAAUUUAGUUUAUGAGGAUGAGAACAUGGAUAAAAAUCUGCCUCCAGCAGCUGCAACUCUAAUGUUUGAUGGCAAGACUGCUGAUAAUUUGACAACAAAUCCUCCCUAAGUUGGAACUAAUAACCUCAUCAUCGGUUUUAAGUUUUCGUCGUUUGGCACAUGUUUGUGAAGGAUCUUUGGAUCCUUCUGUAAUCGUACUGUUGAAAAAUAAUAAACCUUUAUUUAGCUA